AUGAAGUAUUUCUCCACCUUUAUACUUGCCCUCAUCUCUGCGGCCGUAGCCUCUCCCCUAGAGAGGCGUCAAGUCCAGCCGGUGCAACGCCUUGACAUUACCGGGUUCACUGCCAACUGUCAAGCCAGCGGAGGCUGCAGUUGGACUUUCAACGUCGUCGAGUUCCCCAACACGGCCACAAUAACCUGCACCGGCAGCGUACCCACAGGCACCACGUUCCCGGCGACCACCUCGCCAUUCCCGUGCAGUGACCCGGUGGUACUCUUUCAGUUUCAGAGCGUGCCGGUGCUCAGCAGCUACCGCCUGGUCCUUACCGACGUCCACGUGGCUGGGUGUUCGAGGGGUGGCUCGAGAUUGAUGCCGGCUGCGGACUUUCCUGUGGUGACGGAUGGUACUGGUACGCAUCAGACUUAUGUCGGAGCAACUGCAUUCAAUAUUGCAGCUACUGGAGCGUGUAGUCAGAUGUAG